AUGGGCUUCUCAAGAAGACAUCCGUCACCUCAUGAAGAAGACGUUACAGGUGCUUUAGACACCGUGAAGAAACGACCAGAUCCAGGACACCGAAGCUCGGCGGGCAUCACGACCUUGGAUGAAUGCCCGCCUUUCUUACGACUUCCAGUGGAGAUUCGUCAUGAAAUUUUCCGGUAUAUCGUCCCAAGUUCUCCCCAGAGUUUUCGCCUUUACGCAGACUGCGAUGCUACAGCCGCGAGCGCAAAAUGGAAUCGCAAACCGAGUCCCCAUCCAGAUAAGAUGGCAUUAGCGAUUCUCCGAACUAACCGAAUGAUCUACCAUGAGGCCUUGUCUGUGUUGUAUUCCGAGCAUCAGUUCCAUUUCAUCGGCUUCAAUUACCUUCCUGUAUUGGACUUCAUCCGUCGAUUGAGUCCGGACGCCAAAAGCUUAGUCCGACAGGUUCGAUUGACCAUGCUUGCGGACCGACAAGGACAACAGCCAGCGAAUCAUGAUGUCUUCUGUACAGUAAUACAUGACUUCUUACCGGGUCUAAUAACAUUGCGGGCGGACCCUUGGGUAUUCCUGUAA